AGUUUCGUUUUUCAACAUGGCUGCUUCCUAGUUUGCGGACAGCGUUAAGGUUGAAUAGAACGUUCAUUUUACCGGCGUGCGGAGUUUUAACGAAACGACAGUCGUAAUGAAAUUUUAUCGCGAACCUAUUGUAUGCGUGUCACUUGUGUGUAUUUGGCUUAGUUUAGGAUGGCGAUGCGAAGGACUUGAACCCGUCACAGUGUCUACGGUAAUUGCAGUAGGCGCUGGUUUAGGCGUUUCAAUGAUGUACGCCGGGUGGAACGCUCUUAAAUGCAAAAGUUCUGAGUGCUGCGCGGCUCCUUGGGUGACUGACAACGUCAAGGGUUUAGACAACUUGCUCAAAUUUCGACUGCAUGGACAGCCACUAGUGCAUCGUGCCAUUGUGCGGGCUCUUAAGGACCACUUCCAGAACCCAGCACCCAAGAAAGCCCUGGUACUGUCAUUUCAUGGCUGGACAGGUGGUGGAAAAAAUUAUGCCAGCUCCAUGAUUGCAGAGGCACUUUACAAAGAGGGCAUGAACAGCAAAUAUGUCAGCCUUUAUGUUUCCACGAAGCACUUUCCUCACCAGGAUGAGGUACCCAAAUACAGAAAAACAUUGCAGAAGGAGAUUGAGGCGAAGGUGAAGGAGUGUGGUCGAUCAUUGUUCAUCUUUGAUGAGAUCGACAAAAUGCCAAAUGGCCUUAUUGACAUCAUCAAGCCCUACCUUGAUUUUCAUGAGAAGCUGGAUGAAGUCGACUACAGAAAAUCCAUCUUCAUUUUUCUCAGUAACACUGCUGGAGAUGUAAUUGCACGUGCCACACUGGAUGCCUGGAAGGAUGGUAUAGAUCGCAGCAAGGUCAGGCUGAAUGACAUGGAAAAAGUCAUUGAGCUGGGGAGCUUCAACGAAAAAGGAGGCCUCUAUCGUGCUGACAUUGUGCAGAAGAACUUGAUUGACGUGUUUGUGCCAUUCCUGCCACUUGAAAGGAAACAAAUCAUGGCCUGUAUCCGAGAUGAGUUCAAACGCCGCAGCCGCACAGCUAGUGACAAACUUGUAGAAGACAUUGCCAAUGAACUUGACUACAUACCAGCAGAAUAUUCUUUAUACUCUUCAACAGGGUGCAAGAAAAUUCACCAAAAGGUGGCUCAGCACUUGGGCUUCUCUGAAAAGAUAUGAGUUGGUACUUCUCAUUUCUUGACCCAGUACUCAGGAAUUGCACUUGCUGUCCGUGCACAAUAUCAAAGUAGUUUGACAUGCUGUUUUUUUUUUUUUUUUUUUUUGUCUGCACCAGCUUGCUUUUGACUCCCGAGUUGGUGUAUAGUGUCUGCACUGCUUGACAUUAUUGCUGACUAGCUGAGAUAGCCACCAGUCACAUAGACGGCAGAGAUGUAGUGUGUCAGGUCCGCUGCAGGUAGGGUGUAUGCUGCUCUGGGGACGUAUUCUGAAACGUUCCACUUCGGCGAUAUUUCGCUUUUCACCUUCAGAUGCGCACUGAUUGGCUGGUUGAGCAAAAUUGAACGACAUCGGGCUCAACCAGCCAAUCAGCUCAUCCAAUCAGCGCAUGCCUGAAGGCGAAAAGUGAAAUAUCGACCGAAGUGGAAUGUUUCAGAAUACGUCCCCAAAUCUCACUGCUGGUUUCACAAACUUCAGCCACUACAUAAACAUCAGUUGUUCACCCUCAGCCUUCUGUACACAUGCUCUAAUUUAGCACAAAUGCUAGCUGGAGCCACAGCUCAUGCAUAAAGUUUUGUGUUUGUGCUAAGCAGAAGCACUCUUGCGCUUGGGUCAGUAUUUGGCUUCAUAAAAGUAUAUAUUUGAUGCAAGUGCAAUUUCUCGAUACUGGUGUCACAGGUCUGAAAUACCCAUGUGAGAGCAGUGCAUUGGUUCAAUCCUGGCGCUUAUGAUUGCCCAUUUAAGUAUGCUGUUAAUGUGAUAGAUUCAACCUCGUACUAUCAGUAAAAAAAAAAAGUCCAUAUUCUGCAAUCAAUUACUCUGAGUACUUGAUUUUUCGGUGUCAUCAUGGGGGCUGUUUCUUUUUAAGAUCCACUUAUCUGGGCACAUUAUGAACAUAAUGGAGAUGCAGGAUGAGUUGCAGGAUUAUGAAUAUGAAGGAGGAUUGUGAGUAUAAAGGAGUAGCAUGUUGACAUAAAGUAGGCAAGCAAAAUAAAUACACAACCUUCAUUUGACUGUGUUUGCUAUUGUUUCCUAGGGUGGUGAAUGAGAAGCAGCUGAUUGUGCGCACAUAAGUAGAAACAAAAAAGAGGAAAUGAAAAAUAUGUUAGUGCCAUUGGCCUUUUUUACCUUUAUGGUGCUAUAUGGCUUCUGUAAGUGUGCUCUGCAGCAGUUUUCAUCUUUUCUAUUCUUAUCUUGUUGUUCAAAACGUGCUCUCGAUGUUCACGAGCUUGUUUUCAACCACCAGAAUAUUCAUGUGGUUAUCACAUUGACGCUUUUGAAAAAGGGCCUUUAAGUUCUUGAAAUACUCACUUCACUUAAUUCAGAAGUAGGCUUAUGUAUGUCACAUAAGCGCGACAUUAUGGCUGAUGUUGUCAAGCUGUUAUUGCACCUUAUCAUGCCAAAUUGAUUUUGAGGCGUGUCUUACCUCAAUGUUAAUUUGUGCUCAUGAUUUACACAUUCUUUAUUUGAGAGACACUUUAACAUUUUAGCACUAGAAGCACAAAAAGAAAAAGCAAUGAAAAGAAUGAAAAGGAGAAACAUAUGAGCUUAUUCCACUGCAGACAUCUACAAUAGAAUCCUGAAAAUACGGGGUAUGGAAAGCCUACUAGGUUCAAAUGGUCUUAACAAAACUGAAUCGGAACACUCAAAUGCAUGCUCACUCCUAAUCUUUGCUUUGCUCGUAACCCUAAGUUUACAUGGUAUUUUUCUGGGACUCCUUUUACUGGAGGUAACUCAGUGGAAACUUAAAAUGUGAUAGUAGCCACAAAUGGUGUUGGCAGCUUGUGAUGUGGUGCACAAAAGAGUGUGCAUUAAUGUGCAUUGUCAAUGUUAAACGUUGACAAUUAAUAGUCACUUUUUUAAACACCAUUGUUACUGUCUGAAUGUCCUGAUUAAUGCAUGAAUUCAACCUUCAGUUGCUGUGGGAGGAGCUAUUCGUAUGUGCAGCACUUAGUGCCCUGAAAUCUGCUUGAGUCAUGUGCACUUGCCAAACCAUUGCUGUGUCAGAUAAAGCAUGGUGUGAAUGAGUGAAGCAAGGGUUUGAUGCAGCCAUUUUCACGCUGUAAGUUUGUUAGCAGAAGAAUAUGCUGUGACUGACGAACAGUUACAUAUUACUGCAAGACGUUCAAUCUGCAGCAUCAAUUAGGGUUCAUGCAACGGCGAACCUGCCAUAUUGUGUUGGCUGCGAUUCUGGUACUUGUAGUAUUUUAGUUUUUCAUGUGGUCUUAUGUACAUGUUUUUCAAGCUUUGAGGUAUAAGCCUGAGAAUCAUGCUAAUGUGGUACCCAGUGGGUCCACUUGGGGAGUAGAACCAUAUGGCUUGCCUGAAAAGACAUUCAUGCUAUCCCAGAGCCUCUCAUAUUACUCAUAAAGUUCUGUGAAUCAUUAGGACUUCAAAACAUGUUCAGAUCAAUCAUCAUUAUAUCAGUGGGGUUUCACCCCAUGGCCUGCAACAGAGUGCUGCUGUUUGUAUAGCAUUCUGUUGUUUGACAGGGCCUUCUGCACAUGCAGACUGUACAGCUAAGGAAACAAAUACAGGCUCACUGAAACUGCUGUUUAUGCUGUUACGUACCAAGUUUAGCAAGCAACAUUUGUUCAGUCUUCUAAUUUACUACUUCGCUUCUCGAUUUAACUUCAGAAAAGGUACAUUUUGCUUAAAACGUCCUGUCUCUAGUCAUGUGAGACCCCCCCUGCCUUAACAAGUGUGUGCUGAAUAGAACUAUUUGAAAAUGUCUAUUGUCGUAUAACAGCUGCAAAAUUAGUAAUCAUGCCUCACAUCCUGGCAUAUUAGCCAGGUAUGAUUUUUUUUAAGCAUGUAAGAACUUUUUUCAAAGUGCGGUUUCUCUUAAAGGAACAUGUUAUUAUGUAUAGAAGUCAGUGUUUCUGUCUUUAGGAAUGUUUUUGAAGGUACUGUGUGCCUGUCUUGUUGUGAAUGCCUUGUUUUGUAAGUGAUACAAACCAGCACUCUGUGUAAGCAUUUUUUGUGAAGUGAUAUUUUGAACUGUACAGUAUGCUUUUGUAACAUGCAGGAUAGUGGUGUUUUACUAAAUUUAUAAUUGCAUAAUUUGUGUGUAAUACGUUUUUUGCAUAUUAGAUCUCUAUUGAAAUAAAAUCUGGAAUGUUGACAGUU